AUGAACCAAAAUUUUAGGAUUUUAGUGGUAUUUGUGGCACUUUUGCAGGAAAUUAAUUGUGCAGUUGAGAUUGAUAAAUCAUUGACAAUAUCCAGGAGGAAAGAUAAUGACAGAUCACUCACAAUAUCGAGAAAGAAACGCUUGCUGCCUGUUAUACCUCCUGCACCUCCUCUAUUUCCAUCAAUUCUUUAUGGAUAUAAUGCUGCUACUGGUAUUUUGUGUGCUAUAGCUGUACCUGUGGCAUUGGAAGAGUACAACGUUUUCGUAUCUUACAAUUUUGAAGCUAAUUACAACAUGGCUAACGUCCCUGGAGAUGCUUUUCCUGGACCUCUAAACCGUCUCAAAUUAACUGAUAAAUAUCCAACUGUAGAUCCACUAGCUGAUGCCAACUAUGCUGAUGUUGUUGCAAGAAAUAUGAAACGAACUAAUGAAGAUAUUGUCGAAGUUGAAUCUGAAAAUGCGACUUUAAGAAAUAUAGAUGACGAGACUACGAUUCUACCUGAGACAGAACAUGAAUUCACGAAAAGAAGUCCAAUUUUUAAGACAAUUUUCACAAGAGUUGGGAUUUAUACGAUGCUUGAAAGUCGACUGGAUGCGAACGAAAUCAACGGCAAAAAAUGUCUGCUCCAUGCAAUUUGUGAAUCAGCUAAAGCAUCAUUUUUGAGCGGAAAUGGAAUUUUAGGGCACAUAUUUCACAUUUUACUGACUCCGUCAUCAUCAGUGAAAGAGAAAGAACUGCCAUUGGAGUACUACAAAGCGGAAAUACUAGGACUGAAAGGAGACUGUACAAAAUAUGAAAAGGCAUGCAAUUUAAAUGUUCUCGGUUUAUUUUCAACAAUUAUUUAA